AUGUCUUCCCAAGACAUCCCCCGCGGCGAUGCACAAGACAACGACUAUGUCUCUCGGCCAGGCCAGAAGGAGGCCGGCAUCCCAGUUCAGUCGGAUGACGCUCCCGUUGAGGACCCAAUCGACCCAGAGACCGCUGACAGUGACGAGCAGCUCGAAGUACGCGACGACAAUGAAGCUAUUGACGAGUCCAACAUCAUCGAGGGGAAGACCCGAGGUGCGAAGCCAAGCGGCAGUUACAGAGAGCCAGGCGACGAGGAGGGUCUCCCAGGACCAGAGGAUGGAACGAGCAGCACCUAG